AUGGCUGAUCGGAAAACUGAAAAUCCUCAUGCAAUAUUCAUACCAUUUCCUCUCCAAGGCCACCUGAUCCCUUCCGUUCAUCUUGCCGUCAAGCUAGCAUCAAAGGGAUUCACCAUCACCUUCGUCAACACUGAAUCAAUCCACCAUAGCAUCAUUAAAUCCUCGUCACAAUCCGCCAUCAACGGUACCCACCACCACCACGACGGUGAUCUUUUUGCUGAGGCACGGAAAUCCGGUCUGGAUAUAAGGUAUGCCAUCGUAAGCGACGGUCUUCCGCUUGGGUUUGAUCGGUCCCUGAACCAUGACCAAUACAUGGAGUGUCUUCUCCAUGUAUUUUCGGCUCAUGUGGAUGAGUUUGUAGGGAACUUAGUGAAAGGUGACAUGUCGAUCAACUGUUUGAUCGCCGAUAGCUUCCAUGUGUGGCCAUUGAUGAUCUCAAAGAAGUAUAAUUUGGUCAAUAUUUCAUUCUGGACAGAACCUGCUUUGGUUUUGAAUUUGUAUUAUCACAUGGAUUUGCUCAAGAAAAACGGACACUAUGAUCCACUUGAUAAGCAUGAAGAUGUCAUAGAUUACAUACCUGGGGUCGAUUCAAUCAAACCAAGAGACAUGAUGUCGUAUCUCCAAGCAACUAAUACAAACACUGUGUCACAUCGCAUCAUACACAAGGCAUUGUUUGAGGAUGCAAGGAGCGCUGAUUUCAUGAUAUGUAACACAAUACACGAGCUUGAAUGUCACACAAUUUCGACACUGAAUCAAAUGCAACCCUUUUAUGCGAUUGGUCCUAUUUUCCCUAACAAGUUCACUCAAAAACUUGUGUCCACAAACUUAUGGUAUGAGUUAGAUUGCACCCGUUGGCUUAAUAAUAGACCUCUUAGAUCGGUGUUGUAUGUCUCCUUUGGUAGCUAUGCUCACAUUAGCAAACAUGAUCUCGCGGAGAUAGCACAUGGGCUCUUACAAAGUGGGGUUAGUUUUGUUUGGGCACUUCGGCCUGAUAUUGUGAGUUCUAAUGACACUAAUGCUUUGCCUCUUGGAUUUGAAGACAAAAUUAAAGAUCAAGGGUUGAUUGUGCCUUGGUGUGAUCAAAAAAGUGUUCUUUCACAUCCAUCGAUAGGAGGGUUUGUGACAUACUGUGGAUGGAAUUCGGUUUUGGAAAGUAUAUGGUGUGGGGUACCUUUGAUUUGUUUUCCUCUUCUAACCGAUCAGUUCACAAAUAGAAAAUUAGUAGUUGAUGAUUGGAAAAUUGGGAUUAAUUUAUGUGAAGGGAAUUUGGUUGAAAAAGAGGAUGUGACAAAGAAAGUCAUAGGUUUGAUGAUUGGAGAGAAGUCAAGUGAACUGAGGAACCAGAUCAAGAAGGUUAAAACAACACUCCAAGAUGCUUUGGCAUUAGGUGGAUCGUCUCAAAGAAAUUUCGAUCAAUUUAUUAGUGAAGUUAGAAUAAAAACUAAUAAUAUGAAAUGA